AUGGUAAGGGGCUUCCUCUCGAGUCCUCAUGGGGAGCAGACAGACUGGAGUGAGAGUGAGAGUGAGAGUGAGAGAGGGGGACCACCCAGACGAGGACCUCACCUCCUCCCAGGCCUACCAACCAACGUGUCCAUUACAGCUGGAAGGUUGGCAAUCCUGCCCUGUCGAGUGGCCAACCUUAAGGGAAGAUCCGUGUCGUGGAUCAGGCAGGAGGACCUGAAGGUGUUGGCUACUGACGAAGUCAUCUUCACCUCUGAUGAACGCUUGAAGGUGCGGGCGUGGAAGACGGGCGCGGUGUGGGCGUGGGACCUGGUGAUUGACGACACUACCCUGGAGGACUCUGGUGUCUAUGAGUGCCAAGUCAACACGAGGCCCAAGAUGUCCCAUCCAGUUACUCUCCACGUGUACU